AUGGCUCUUACAAAACAAAUCAUGGGUUCUUCAUUGCUAGAAAGGUCCUUGUUUGUUCCCUCUUCACCUUCAUCACUUCUCAACCAAACUCGGCUUUUAGUUCCUUCGGAGAACAAAAGAGUUGUGAGGGUGAGGAAGGAUGCAAAGUUUCCUGUGGCAGCUAUAAGUGAGGAUUUGGUUAAGGGUUCUUCUUCUUCUUCUUCUUCUUCUUCAUCAUCAUCUUCUUCCUCCUCCUCUUCUUCCGUGUCUGCUGAGAAGCCAGUGAAAUUCAAGGUUAGAGCUGUGAUCACAGUGAGGAACAAGAUCAAAGAGGAUUUGAAAGAGACCAUUGUGAAGCAUAUUGAUGCUUUAACUGACAGGAUUGGAAGGAAUGUUGUCCUUGAACUUGUUAGCACUGAGAUUGAUCCAAAGACUAAAGCUGCAAAGAAGAGUAAUGAAGCAGUGCUGAAGGAUUGGUCGAAGAAGUCGAAUCUUAAGGUAGAAAGAGUUAAUUACACAGCUGAAUUCAUAAUUGACUCUAAUUUUGGGGAGCCAGGAGCAAUUACUGUGACAAACAAACACCAGAAAGAGUUCUUUUUGGAAAGCAUAACCAUUGAAGGAUUUGCCAGUGGAGCAGUUCAUUUCCCCUGCAAUUCCUGGGUCCAAGCAAGAAAAGAUCAUCCUGCAAAGAGGAUUUUCUUUUCCAACAAGCCUUAUUUGCCUGGUGAUACACCUUCUGGGCUUAGAUUAUUGAGGGAGAAAGAGUUGAGAAAUCUCAGAGGUGAUGGCAAAGGAGUUAGAAACUUAUCUGACAGAAUAUAUGACUAUGAUAUAUACAAUGAUUUGGGAAAUCCAGAUAAAGGAAUUGAAUUUGCCAGACCAAAUCUUGGAGGAUCAGAUAUGUAUCCAUACCCAAGACGGUGUCGUACAGGCCGUGAACCAAGCGAUACAGAUAUGUAUGCAGAGAGUCGUGUGGAGAAGCCACUGCCUAUGUAUGUGCCAAGAGAUGAACGUUUUGAGGAGUCUAAGCAGAACACAUUUUCUGUGAAGAGGUUGAAGGCGGUGCUGCAUAACUUGAUCCCUGGUCUCAAGGCUAGUCUUUCUGCUAGCAACCAAGACUUCAAUGAAUUUUCAGAUGUUGAUGGCCUUUACAGUGAAGGGUUGCUCAUAAAGUUGGGGUUGCAAGAUGACGUGUUGAAGAAAAUCCCAUUUGUCAGCAAGAUCCAAGAGUCCAGCCAGGGACUUCUUAAGUAUGACACCCCUAAAAUUAUUUCCAAGGACAAAUUUGCUUGGUUGAGAGAUGACGAAUUUGCCCGUCAAGCAAUUGCAGGAGUUAACCCUGUUAGCAUUGAGAAGCUUAAAGUUUUUCCACCAGUUAGCAAACUGGACCCCCAAAUUUAUGGCCCCCAAGAGUCUGCUCUUAAAGAAGAACAUAUUUUGAGUCAACUCAAUGGCAUGACAGUCCAAGAGGCAAUAAACGAAAACAAGCUGUUUAUGAUUGACUAUCAUGAUAUCUACCUACCUUUCCUAGAAGGGAUAAAUGCCCUUGAUGGUAGGAAAUCAUAUGCUACACGUACAAUCUUUUUCUGCACGCCACGUGGCACUCUCAAGCCUGUGGCUAUAGAACUUAGCCUCCCUUUUGCUGGACCUAGUUCUAGAUCAAAGCGCGUGGUUACACCUCCUGUUGAUGCAACUACUAACUGGAUGUGGAUGCUUGCUAAGGCACAUGUUUGCUCCAAUGAUGCUGGUGUGCACCAACUUGUUAACCAUUGGUUACGCACACAUGCAAACUUGGAACCAUUUAUAUUGGCUGCUCAUAGGCAAUUAAGUGCCAUGCAUCCAAUUUACAAGUUACUGGACCCCCACAUGAGGUAUACUUUGGAAAUCAAUGCCUUGGCUAGACAGAGUUUGAUCAAUGCUGAUGGAAUCAUUGAAAAUUGCUUCACUCCUGGUCGUUACGCUAUGGAGAUUAGUUCUUCUGCUUACAAGAACUUUUGGCGCUUUGACAUGGAUAGCCUCCCUGCAGAUCUCAUCCGCAGGGGAAUGGCAGUACCUGACCCAACACAACCACAUGGUCUAAAGCUCACACUGGAAGAUUACCCCUAUGCAGCUGAUGGAAUACUAAUCUGGUCUGCCAUAGAGGACUGGGUUCGCACCUAUGUGAACCACUACUACCCUCAUUCAAGCCUCAUAUGCAACGACAAAGAGCUACAAGCUUGGUACUCCGAGUCAAUCAAUGUGGGCCAUGCUGAUCUUAGGCAUGAGAGUUGGUGGCCUACACUGAACAAUAGUGAGGAUCUUGUCUCCAUCCUUUCCAUAUUGAUUUGGAAUGCAUCUGCACAACAUGCUGCUCUUAACUUUGGCCAAUACCCUUAUGGUGGCUAUGUGCCUAAUCGUCCACCACUGACCAGAAGGUUAAUACCUGAAGAGAGUGAUCCAGAAUAUGCAAGCUUCCUUGCUGACCCUCAAAAAUAUUAUCUGAAUGCAUUGCCUAGCUUGUUGCAAGCCACAAAAUUUAUGGCUGUGGUUGACACACUCUCCACUCACUCACCUGAUGAGGAGUACUUGGGGGAGAGGCAACAACCUUCGAUCUGGUCUGGUGAUGCUGAGAUCAUUGAGGCAUUCUAUGAUUUCUCUGCCAAGGUUAGACAGAUAGAAAAGGUGAUUGAUAGCAGGAACCUUGAUAGGUCUCUAAGGAAUCGUUGUGGUGCAGGGGUGUUGCCUUAUGAGUUACUUGCUCCUAGUUCUGAACCUGGUGUUACAUGCAGAGGGGUACCCAAUAGUGUGUCCACAUAA